AUGGGUGACCUCGUAAACGAGCGCGCCGCCGCGCCUGAGCGCCUCACCGAGAGCAUGGAGAGACCAGCCCUCGACGACAGGAGCUACCGUGUCAUUCGCCUUCAGAACAAGCUGGAAGCCCUCCUUAUCCACGAUCCCGAUACAGACAAAGUCAGCGGCGCCAUGGACGUCAAUGUCGGCAGUUUCAGCGAUGCCGACGAUAUGCCGGGAAUGGCACACGCAGUGGAGCAUCUGCUAUUCAUGGGAACAAAGAAGUACCCUAAGGAGAACGCCUAUAACCAGUAUCUGACCGCUCACUCGGGUCAUUCAAACGCCUUCACCGCAUCCACCUCUACCAACUACUACUUUGAGGUCGCCGCCCAGUCCAGCACGCCUUCGAGCAGUGCUGCGUCGUCGGCGGCUAGCAGUGCCCAGGAUCUCUCGACUAGAGAUGGUUCGCCGCUGUAUGGCGCGCUCGACAGGUUCGCGCAAUUCUUCGUUGAACCCCUCUUCCUCGAGGCAACUCUCGACAGAGAAUUGAAGGCCGUGGAUUCGGAGAACAAGAAGAACUUGCAAAGCGAUACCUGGCGUCUGCAUCAGCUCAACAAGACAUUGUCGAACCCCAAUCAUCCAUUCUGCCAUUUCUCCACCGGCAGCUGGAAGACGCUGCACGACGACCCACUCGCUCGGGGUGUGAAGAUUCGGGAUGAGUUCAUUAAGUUUUACGAGAAGAACUACUCGGCAAACCGUAUGAAGUUGGUUGUUCUUGGUCGUGAGAGUCUUGACGAGUUGGAAUCUUGGGUUAUUGAGCUUUUCUCGGAGGUCAAGAACAAGGAUCUCCCGCGUAACCGCUGGGAUCAUGUACAGCCAUUCACGGAGAAUGAGGUGCUGUCACAAGUGUUCGCUAAGCCAGUGUUUGAGAUGCGCAACCUGGACUUGUACUUUCCUUACAGAGAUGAAGAAGAACUCUACGAAUCACAACCCGGUCGUUAUUUGAGUCAUUUGAUCGGCCACGAAGGACCUGGCAGCAUCAUGGCCUACGUCAAGGCAAAGGGUUGGGCGAACGGACUCGGGGCGGGCCCGAUUCCUUUGUGUCCCGGCUCAGCUUUCUUCACUAUCAGCAUUCGCCUGACAGAGGACGGCCUCAAGAACUACAAGGAAGUCGUCAAGACCGUCUUCCAAUACAUCUCCAUGCUCAAAGAACACGAGCCCAUUGAGUGGAUUUUCGACGAGCAAAAGCGUAUGAGCGAAGUCGACUUCCGCUUCAAGCAGAAGAGCCCCGCAAGCAGCACAACGAGUAAUCUGAGCGGUAUCAUGCAAAAGCCUUUUAAGCGUGAACACUUGCUCAGCGGCCCGGCUACAAUCCGUAAAUUCAACCCAGAGGCGAUCAAGAAGGGUCUCGCUUGCCUCAGGCCUGACAACUUCAGGAUGAACAUUGUCAGCCAGGAGUUCCCUGGCGACUGGGAUCAGAAGGAAAAGUGGUACGGCACUGAAUACAAGUAUGAGAAGAUGCCCGAGGACUUUGUUGCGGAGGUCAAGGCGGCCGCUGCCAGCAAGCCUAAUGAGAGACCGGCAGAACUCCACCUUCCUCACAAGAACGAGUUCAUCCCUACUAGGCUGGAGGUCGAGCGGAAGGAAGUUAGCCAGCCUAUGACGGCUCCUAAACUGAUCCGCAACGAUGGCAUAGUCCGCCUCUGGUACAAGAAGGAUGAUCGUUUCUGGGUGCCCAAGGCAAAUGUCCACGUCACGCUUCGCACGCCAUUGGUUUCAUCUACGCCUCAGGCUACAGUCAUGGCGCAGUUGUACAAGGACCUGAUUGAGGAUGCGUUGGUCGAAUACUCGUAUGAUGCAGAGCUCGCCGGCUUGUCCUACCGUGUCACCAACACUUCUCUGGGACUCGACGUUUCCGUGUCCGGAUACAAUGAUAAGAUGCAUGUGCUCCUCGAGAAACUCGUGGUGACGAUGCGCGAUUUGGAGGUUCAUGAUGAUCGCUUCAACAUUGUCAAGGAGCGAUUGCUUAGAGGUUUCCGCAACGCAGAAUAUCAGCAGCCGUACUACCAGGUCGGCACUUACACUCGCUGGUUGAGCGCGGAGAGGGGUUGGAUCAACGAAGAGUACCUUGCCGAGCUUCCCCAUAUCACGGCACAGGACAUCCGCCACUUCUACCCGCAGCUGCUGAGACAGACUCACAUUGAAGUCCUCGCGCAUGGUAACAUCUACAAGGAGGAUGCGUUGAAGAUGACGGCUAUGGUCGAGCAGACCCUCAAGGCGAGACCACUCUCUCCUUCUCAAUGGCCCAUUCGCCGAAACGUGAUUUUCCCCGAAGGCAGCAACUAUAUCUACAAUCGCACUCUGAAGGACCCAGCCAACGUCAACCACUGUAUCGAAUACACUUGCUCGAUCGGUGAUAACCAGGACCGCGAUCUCCGUGCCAAGCUCCUUCUUCUUGUCCAAAUGACAGACGAGCCUGCUUUCGACCAGUUGCGUACUAAGGAACAACUCGGCUAUGUCGUUUUUAGCGGCCAGACCAGCAACAACACUUGGAUCGGCUAUCGCAUCUUGAUUCAGAGUGAGAAGUCGCCCGACUAUUUGGAGAAGCGAAUCGAUAACUUCCUGAUCAAUUUCGGCAAGAAUUUGGAGAAGAUGUCGGAUGAUGAGUUUGAAGCGCACAAGAAGAGUGUCAUUAACAGGCGGUUGGAGAAGCUCAAGAACCUGCUGCAGGAGACUACCCGUCUGUGGACGCACGUCAUGAGCGAAUGCUUCGACUUUGAUCUCGUGGACGCCGAUGUGGCUCAUAUCGAGCCCCUCACGAAGUCCGACCUCAUCGCGUUCUUCCACCAUUUCAUCUCGCCGCACUCACCGACCCGCGCCAAACUCUCCAUCCACCUGCUCGCCCAGAACUCCGCCGCCGCAGUCACUCAAUCCGUCUCGCCUGACAAGCAAACCGAGCAGCUCAUAACGAUGGUGUCGCAGUUCCUGAACUCGGAAGGCGUCGCCGCGACGCCCGACGGCUUGGAAAGCAGGCUGAAGGAUGUCGACCUGGGCAUGGUCAGCGCGGACGACACACAAAGCCUAAACCAAGCCAUCCAGGCCUAUCUGCAAGAGGACCUGAAGCUCGAGGCGGACAAGAGCGCUGAUGUGCUGAAGAAGGGCCAGGCUCUGAUGGCGCAGAUGCUGCCGCAGCUUGGCGUCGAGGUGACGCCGCAGGGCGCAGGCAGCACGGGCGGACUCGCCCAGCCGAGGGAGCCCGUCAUCAUCACUGAUGUGCGCGACUUCAAGGCCAGCUUGCAGGUUGGAAAGGGCCCCAAGGCUGUUAAGGAGCUUAGUGAGUUUGAGGACCUGGAGCCGAAGCUGUAG